AACUGGACUGCCAGUCUAGGCCGCGGACAGAACCGAAUACAACCCCCCUGCCUUCAUUCACCCUCGUCACGGAUCAAACUCAUCAAUCUGUUUCAGGCAGUCCAGCACGUCCAGCACGUCCAAACUUCUAUCGACCUCGCAAACAAUAAUUAAACCUCGCCAUCGACCUUUCAUCAUCCACAAUACAUCGCGACGUUUUCGUAGAUCGGCGUUGAUAGCCUCUACUAACGUCAAGAUUGUUUUGUCGUCAACUAGCUCCUUUGUUCCCUUUUCAUUACUCAGUUGCCCAGCCCAGCCCAGCCCAGCCCCGCCAGGCUAUUAUUCGCAUUGCUUGAGGCAGUGGAAGAAAAAACUAGAGGAUAACAGGUUAACGGUUAAGCGAAUUGAAAUCAUCGACCGAGUCGUAACAAUAACUUCGCCAAUAAGCAUCUCGAUCGUUCCCAUCCUCUCUUCGCGCUCGCUAUUUGUCCGACUCCUCACUUUCGGGGGAGUCCAGUACCAGCAAUCUGGCGUUCGGACAUACAUCUCCGUCCUUUUUGGCUGGGGAUUCAGCGGGUUUCCGGCAAAUCCCCUCUAAUCAAUCAUUUCACUCUCCAGAGCAAGAAUACGCCCAGUACUCGCAAGCGCAAUAUCCACAGCAGUACGUUGGUCGUCGCGAUACCAAGAUGGCCGCGAACAAGAGUAAUCGGGCUAGCAGCCUAGCGAAAUCUACCGGCGAGAUAUUCACUAGGAAAUGGCCGCGCCUAUUCUUCCUUGUUGCUGCUAUACAAGCCGUUAUCGUAAUCGUCUUUGAGGCAUACGCCUUUGCCCAGUUUCAAACUGGCCUUAAACACAUGAGGACUGUAGAAGACUGGGGUUCGGAAGAAAAUAUGCAAGAUGGCAUGGCUCAAAUAAGAACCAUCCCAACCUUCCUCGGCCUACUAAUUCUUGGCUUCCUGUACGACGUAGUGUUAGCUUGGGAUGCACUGCGCAUGAAGAACACCAUUCAAGUCAUCGGUCUCUGUGUCGCCAACCUUGCUCUUCUCAUCUACAGCGCCCUCCAAAUUGACCAGAUCCGCGUGGCCAUUGCUAGACUAAAGCAGUAUAAUGCUUUCGAAGACCUCGACGUAUGGGAAGAAGUCCAAGGUGUUCUCAUCGCCAUGCCGUGCAUCAUUGCCCUCGCCAGCGUUGUUCUAAGUUUCAUUGCUUGGAAGCUUUACCAGGAAUUCGCCUGGGAUAUCCUGAAGCAUAUAGGAGCCGACUACAGGAUGAAGAAGCGAUUCCUGCACUACCAGGUCUACAUUGCCCUUCUAAAAUUCGAUUUCUUCUUCUUUGUCGGUUUCACUAUCCAGUUCCUAGUCGUGGUCGGAGGCAAGACAUCUACCGAAUUCGGCCUAACUGCUGCCGCCAUCCCUAUCACCAUCGCCAUUCUCCUCUGUGCGGCAUUAUUUACGCGACGGGAAUGGAAGAUAGGCAUGAUAAUCAUCAUGGUCCUCUAUCUCGGCGGUCUUACGUAUUUCAUCUACAAGCUUGAGCGAAUCUUCGAUCCUUACGAAUCCAAGUAUUACCUACCCGUUCGCAAAUCUUUGACGACGUUUGCAGUACUCACUAUUGUCUUAAUCAUUCUGACCAUCAUCAACGCUCUGGUCUGCAUGUUCAAUUUCGGUGCCGGUCUGAAGCAGCACCUCAAUGCUCCUCGAGAAGAGAUCGACAAGGACCAAGCUAGCUAUUCCAUGCACGAUGUCAAACAGCCGCAGCUGCCGACCAGAAUGACGAUCGACUAGUCAUGAGGUAGCAAAUAGGUGUAC